UCCGGGUCCGGGUCCGGGGUGCUGAGGCCCCGCCUCUCCGCUGUGCCUCAGGCCGCGCCGCACCUCGGGCCGCCACCCCCACCACCGGCACCGCCACCAGCACCGCCGCCGCCGCCGCGGCCGCCGCCAUCAUGAACAUCCGCAACGCGCGUCCCGACGACCUGAUGAACAUGCAGCACUGCAACCUGCUGUGCCUGCCCGAGAACUACCAGAUGAAGUACUACUUCUACCACGGCCUGUCGUGGCCGCAGCUCUCCUACAUCGCCGAGGACGAGGGCGGCCAGAUCGUGGGCUACGUGCUGGCCAAGAUGGAGGAGGACCCCGAGGACGCCCCCCACGGACACAUCACCUCGCUGGCCGUCAAGCGCUCGCACCGCCGCCUCGGCCUGGCCCAGAAGCUCAUGGACCAGGCCUCGCGGGCCAUGAUCGAGAACUUCGGCGCCAAGUACGUGUCCCUGCACGUGCGCAAGAGCAACCGGGCGGCGCUGCACCUCUACGCCAACACGCUCAACUUCCAGGUCAGCGAGGUGGAGCCCAAGUACUAUGCGGACGGCGAGGACGCCUUCGCCAUGCGCCGGGACCUGUCGCCCAUGGCGGACGAGCUGCUGCGGCGGCGGCGGCAGCUGGAGCCCAAGGAGAAGGGCGGCUGCUCGGAGGCCGGCGGCGCCGGCGGGGGUGACGGCAAGGAGGAAGCGAGCAGCGCCCCCGGGAGCACCGGCGGCGGUGGCGGCGGCUGCGACCGGGAUGGCACCUCCUAA